AUGAAUCGCCCCAAGAGUAGUGUACCAAGUUUCGACCACCCUAUGCUGGAGAUGGCUUCUAUCCGCUCGUACUUCGAACCCUUUGCGCCAGGGAAUGGUGGCCAUACACCCUCUACCAAGGGGCCAACUCGAAUUCUUAUGCUCCAUGGACAUGGUCAGUCAGGUCAAUUCUUUUACCACAAGCCAACACGCCUGAUAGAGACUCUGCAUGAAAUCGCCCUUGACAGAGACACGAAACGCUGCUCGGACCGAAUCGAGCUCUUCUAUGUUAACGGUCCGCUAUUGGCCGGCGAGGGCCCGGAGUCAGAUAUAUGGACUUGGGGCCAGGGCGACUUCGAGGCUGAAACGCAUAUCUGGGGACUUGAUGCCUCGAUUAAUAAGAUCAUGGACGUCCUUGCAAAACAUGGUCCCUUCGACGGGGUUAUAGGGUUCUCGACCGGCGCCAGCAUCGCAGCCAUUAUAACAUCCUUACUGGAAGGCAAUCGGAGAACGAGACUCGAUAUAAACCAGGUGUUUUUGCAGACACGACAUCCUCCAUUUCGAUUCGCAGUGUGUUUCAGCGGCUUCAUGCUGCAGCAUCCAGACUACAGAUCAUUCUACCAACCCCAGAUCAAAACGCCAGUCAUGCAUUUUAUAGCGGAAUAUGACACAAUGAUACCGGAGGGGCUUACCCGACAACUCGCUGCCGCUUGCUCGCAGAGAGAGGUUCAAAAGUUCAAGGGCACACAUUACGUCCCCCGUCAGCGUGAGGAGGUCGUACAUGUCAGUGAGUUUAUAUUGCGACAUCUGGGCUGGCUAGCCGACGAGGCGGGGUAUAUUACUUGUAGUAGUGAUGGGUGAUGAUGACCCUGAUCGGGGUUUAUAUCUGUGGUGCUACUCUGGCUUCUUUUCUUUCAGUAUACAGACCAAGAGAUAUAGCUGUGAAUUGGUAUCGGCAGAUUGUUGGAUUAUAAUAAAGUAUCAUGUUUCAAGUGUAUCCGUAACCGCACCUCAUACUCCCUAAUAAGUAUAUCGAAAGUUCAGUUUCUCCUUACGACGCCAUAUUUUCAGACUAGGCAGAGUCCAAUAU